ACCAUAAUCAUGUCAACUUCUGGGCAGCACCACUUCUGUUUGCUGUGGAUUCACGAUGAUAGCUUCUCUGAAGAGACCGUAAUUUUCAACUCGGACCGUGUGGCUUUGGAUGAAGGAUCGCUGUGUAAACUUGCGGCCUUGAAGAACUCUAUAUCAACGCAUGACUUCUCCAUCAGCACGCCAGCCCUGACUGCCACAAGGCCCGAAAACACACCAGGCAAGACUUCUUUACGUCAUGGCGGCAGGAAGUCCGUCAAGCAUGCGUCGGACAUGGAGAAGCAUGCAGACUCCACGAGAUCUCUGGUCUUUGUGGCUCGCGACAUGACCCCCGAGCAGAAACGAAAACAGCCUAGGCUACAAAUAUCUGUCCACAGCAACGCAGCGGCUGCUUUUGGCUUCCGAAACAAUAUGCAGGCGAUCGUGUUCGAAGAUGUGCAUUCUGCAUCUCACGUAGAGAUCGUGUUUCGCGACCAGUAUCUGGCGCGUUCAGAUAUGUGGAGGCUAACAGUAGCAGUUCUGAGCGACAGAUCUGUCUAUAAAGGGCAGAAGCUACUCUUUAUGGGCACCAUCAAGGUUACCGUGAAGAACAUCUUCGUAGACGGGCAGAAGGUAACCUCGGCUUUCUUUUCGUCAACAACCAAGCCCAUAUUCCGCAGCGAAUCCGCCAAGUAUGUCAUCUUUGUACAGAUGUCUCGCGAGAUGUGGGACUUUGACGCGGAAGGGUCCGGCGAGAUCAUGUUCAACAAAGUCAUCAAUGGUUUCUUACCCGACCUGUUCAAGCGUUGGCAGAGACUCAAUGUACAUCACCUGGUCAGUAUCGUCAUGUUCACUCGACUGGAGUAUGAACAGGGUGUGCUAGUUCGUCGAGAUGAAGAUGUGCACACACCACACAAUAACAGACGCUCGCCUGGCAAUAGCCGUGAACAUCGAGAUUACUACCGAGUGGUCACAACUGAUGCAGCGAGCAGCCGAUGGGUCGAUAUCCUUUACAAGCUCAAAAGAGAGUUCAAGGUCUUCCUAAAGGACGUAUCUGUCGUAGGCGGUAAUGAUGCCUACGGUCCACCUCCGGAAACGCUAGCAUCAGUCAAAGCCCGCACCGAAACCGAGUCUGUGAUUGCUGGUCAACCCACGACGUCGGCACGAGGCAACAUACUAGAAGCGAUCAACCUUGCUGCAUCACAAUUCGCCAAGGACUAUAUUGAUCGCGAUCUUGUACACACCGGCAUCUCCUUGUGUAUUGUCACCCCAGGCACAGGCCUAUUCGAAGUCGAUUACAAUAUCCUCAAACUCACAACUGACGCUCUCGUUGCAAGUGGUAUGGGUGUUGACCUUGUAUCGUUGGCUAGAAUGCCACUCCACUCUGUACCUUUGUUCAGAUACAGGAGCCCUCACAUACUUCCUGGCCUUCCAGUCGUGUCCGAUAUCUAUACGUUUGAGGGAGGUAGUACUCCUCGACAGGCGGGCUACUUGGAAAGUCACAUGGCCGGCACUCCUAGAAGUACAGGCAGAUUUAUGCGAAGAGCCAGUAGCCAUAACAAAGAACAAGUCCCAGGUACCUUGAUGGAAUCUGGGGUCCAAUGGAGCUACGCCUUACCACACUGGAUCGAUGUAUCGUUCUGGACGGGGCACUCUGACGAGGAGCAUCUUCGAACGCAGUACGGGUUGAACUACAAGAAAAAGAAAGGAUCNAAAAGAAAUGACCCGUUCACCACAAGUUGUCGAAUGUACGAACUGCAGAUGAUGGGUCUUAUGGAGACCGAGAUGAGCGAUAUUGCGAUCCCGUUGAUGCUACCUGGGUAUGCGAAUACCGAAAGGCCUCGCCAAGGUCGACUUCAUCUUGAGCCUGCACCAACUGAGGAGCUUUCCGGAAGCUAUGGCUCAACGCGAUCAUUCCAUGGAUACAUCAGCGGCUCGCCACAACACCACGAUAAUGAGACCCACAUGAAGAUGGACAUGCCUACUCGCAAAGAGUUAAUUGACUGGAUGGCUACUUACGACAAGCAAGUACCCUUUAGAACGCAGGACUCUCCUCCGGUUAAGACAAUCUUGGACCAGACUCCCAUCGAGUCAUCUCGAGGCAGUCUAGACACCACCGUGAGAUUCAGUUCUUCCCCCACAAGACCAAGAGGCAGCUUUGCAUCAGAUCAUUUCAAGCCUGGCGAGAGUCCACGAAACGCUGGUUACCUUGUCAACAGGUCCCCACCCAAACGUGCUAUUCUACCAGCCAAGACUGACCAGCCGAAACAAUCGUCAAUACGCACUACCCAAACGACACCUAGAAGAGCUCCAAUGCCACGCCAGAUCAGUUUGGUAGGCGGCUUGGGGACAGCGAAAUCUGCUGCCAGCAUAAGCGUGAGCAACGCAAGUGCUGGACUCAGUACUCCAACGACGGAGUCACCUCCGGCGCGUCCUGCUCCCAAAGCUGGUGGAGGUGGUCUGCUCUCCAGUUUGACACAACAGCUCUUUGGGACGUUGCAACGAAAGCCUUCGCAAGCUAGUAUCGCAAGAACCGACAUCAGCGACUUUAGUGAUCGAGCCGACUCGGAUAGAGCGAGUACGGCCCAACGUAGUAAUCCGAUUGCUAUCAGAUCCAACUCCGUGGUGUCGGAGAAUAGAGAAGAUGAUGAAGAGUCGACGAAGGCAGACACCAAUCGUAAACCGGCGGCAAAGAUGCUUGAGGACAUCGUAGUUCGUGACGUCUCGAAGGUGGGACGUCAAACCGCCAGCAUGUCCGAUUCCGUACCCGAUACUGUUGCGGACAAAGCCGACUAUCAUCGAGUUUUGUCACCACUAACUGCUAUCUCACCGUGGCUCACGAUGCUUAAUCCCUCAAACCCGAAGAAGCACAACAUGAGCAUAGCAAGCCAAUUCCGUCGCUGGCAGCACAUUUUCCCGAAGCCAGUACCUACUUCAGUGAUGAAGUGGAAGUCCUUGUGCUCACCAGCUUCUUUGCCAUUGACUGCCGAGUACUUUCCCACGGCAGAACAGCUGCGCAACGAGUACUCAGAGUCACCUUAUAAGAUAUUGCCUCUGGACGACGACGAGUCUUCAGAAGCACCCAAGACUAGAGAAGCCUUGAUCAGGGAGCUCAUAGCAUGCAGACUAUCGCAUGGCUUCCAGAUAGUUGUUGGUCCGGCAGCCACAGAGUUCGCGGGUACUAAAGCAGCUUCUUUGGUCAAAGUGUUUGACAAGAACUACAUGGCAGAAGAUGGCGCUACAGUACUGAUGACUGUGGGGAAUAACAUUCACCUACUUGUCUGUACCGAGAGUGGUGAGAUCGAGGUACGGAGGUACAACAGAAAGCCAGUGGCAGAAGUCGAGUAUACCGGCGCUGUAGAUCCAACAGUGGCAUAUCAUCCAUACAUCCGUACUUAUCUCGGCAAAGGAUACGAGAUGCGACCCGUCAUCUUUAAGAACCCGCGACCAACAUACAAUUGGAAUGCGAUCGACCAUCAUCUCGCAGGAUACAAGCAAGAGCACAGUUCGCAAGACUUGCGCUUCUGGAGGGCUCGGUUCGUUCUUAUUCCCGUUGAUCACAAGAUCAGAAGCGGGCAACUGGGCUUCGUCUCUGAGAACUCAGAGGAAGAAAUUCGCUUAGAGGGCAUACAGAAGCUUACGCAGAUAUGGCAGCGACACCGCUAUAUUCCGCCGGAAGAACGCCGUUUCCAGCAGUCCCUGCAGCAGAGGCGUAAAGACCCCAAUCCGUUGGCCAUCGAGUACCACACUCAUGACCCUUCCAUGAUUGUGCGAAACCAUGCAACACUGCUAGCCGAAGCACUGUCUCAAGAUGAGCCAGGCCACGCACUCUUUGCGGAAUCCGAGCUCUACCACACCAACGACUUUGACAUGCAAAAGCUCGCACAACAUUUGCAAGCAGAUCCUCCAAAAGGCAUACCGGUGGCUGACCGCAAGUGGCACUUCAAAACACACUGGAAAUGCUUCCGAGGCGACCAUCUUACUAGCUUCCUCCUCGUGAACUUCAAGGACAUUNNGGAAACAAGAGAGGAUGCAGUUAAGCUCGGAAAUGCCCUUAUGAAGAAAGGUCUGUUCAUUCAUGCUGUGCAAAAGCACCAGUUCAGAGAUGGCAACUACUUUUAUCAGAUUGCACCUGAAUAUCGAACCACACCAUACCCAGAAAACAAGUCGGGAUGGUUCGGCAUGGCAGGUCGAUCGAUCCCUCCGACACCCAUGCAUGAAGGACCUAAAGCAUCGCCCAAGUUCUUACCUGUGGACAAAAUACGAUCACCGCGGAUCGGCCCUGCAGACAAAGCGCGGUCGCCAUUGAUCGGACCAUCUGAGAAUUCUCGUCCUCGCUCCGACACAGACGAGAGCAAAGACUCGGGUAAGAGAGCGCCCAAGUUAGACUCGUGCAAAAGGCCAGAACUCGAGCUCAGUCGUAGCUUGCGAUAUGAUGUGGAUCAUCGUAAGAAAUCGUACCGCCCUGAGAUUAUCACUUUGCAUUACGAUCGCAUUCACAACCCUGACAACUGCUACCAUAUUCGUCUUGAAUGGAUCAAUGUCACCGCCAAGCUCAUCGAGGAUGCUCUAGUGUCUUGGGCGACUAGCGUGGAGAGGUAUGGGUUGAAACUGGUUGAAUUGCCUAUCGCAGAGGGCCACGCCAUCUUCAAAGUGCAUCCAUUCAGACGACCCUACAUGAUCAAGCUGGCCCUGCAACCUCCCAAAGGAACACCUAAGCAGUACCUAGAAGCAGGAACCACGGCCUACGAAGAAACAUACCCCUACCAAAGAGCUUUGGUCCGGAAAUUCGAUUUCGUGCUCGACUACGAAGCAGCCAGCACCUUCGACCCAGGCGUCGACGUCAGCUACUCGUGGGGCAAACCAGAAUACCAAUACACGCAAUUCAUCCACAAGUCCGGCGGUCUACUCCUCCAAAUCGACGGCGAUGGCAACUUGAUGCUCACCGCAAACAGACUCUGCGUCAAUCGCUCUUCGGCCGGUCGCGAAGCCUCCAGAUACGAAGUCGCACGCCGCGAAAAGCGAAACUUUUCCACGCCGGCACCUCCGGCACAUGCUUCGCCUUUCCUCAGCGCCUUCAAGCAAACACCCGAACCCCAAAGCGUGCUCUCCAAAAACUCCUUUACCGAAGCCUCUGUGGAACCAGAAGUCGUGGCCCAAAAACUCGAAACCUUUUGCAGUGAUGCAGAGAAAUUGCGUGUCUUCUAUGAAGACGCGUUGAGGCCUAGUGUCAGUCCUAGCCCACACUUGACUCCUAGGCAAACACCUAGACAGACGCCUGUGUUGGGUGCCACGAGUGCGAUUCCGCAUCUGGGGUUGCCGCCGAGUAUUAGUCUUAGGAAUGCUAGUUAUGUGGAGGCGAGUCCGCGGAUUGGGUUGAGUGCGAGUAGGAGGUCGAGUGUGCAGGGAUUCAAGUCNUUUUUGUCCGAGUCGGGAAGUCAUCGUGAUUUGAAUUGA